AUGUCUUAUAACAAUAUUUUACACGUAGCGCUUUUGGUUCUUACUUGUCUCGAAGCUGUACGUGGACAAGCCAGAAUAGUUGGUGGUGGAACAACACCAAUAGCUCAAAAUCCUUUUGUUGUAAAUAUACGUGACAAUGGAGGAAAGUUGGUGUGUGGAGGAUCUUUGGUUGAUCCACGUUUUGUUGUCUCCGCUGCUAGCUGCAUUAAGCCAUAUAAAGCUAAUCAACUGACAGUACAAGGUGGUGCUCAAAUGUUCUCAAAUCCCGGUGUCAGGCGUAAGAUCGACCGCAUCAUAUAUCCUGCAAACUAUGACAACGUAACCUUGGACUAUGAUGUUGUUGUACUGAGAUUGGGAAAUGAAUUAACUGGUACAAAUAUCGGCACUAUAAAUUUACGUACAAGUGGAGUUCCCGUUGGUGCAAAUUUAAAAGUCUUGGGAUGGGGAAGAUUAAGUGAAAAUGGUGAAAAUUCUAAUGCUCUGCAAUCUGUGCUUGUUGCCGCGAUUUCAAAGGAGGAUUGCUUGCAAUCAUAUGAGUUAACGGCAACAAUGUUCUGUGCUAAAGGACCAAAUGCUGAUGCUUGUGAAGGUGAUGGUGGUGGUCCAGCUGUAUUGAAUAAUGAGCUUGCUGGUAUUGUGUCAUGGGGAUUCGGUUGCGCUCGUCCUAAUUAUCCUGGUGUAUACACAAGUGUUGCUAAAGUUGCUCCUUUUAUUAAUCAAGCUAUAAGCAAUAAUUCAUAA